AUGGCGAGACAGGGAUAUUUUCCCAUCUUUGCCUUUUUAUGUUAUAUAUCUUUUUAUACGAACUUAAAUGCUCAAGUUUUAACCCCACCAUAUUUUAAUUUGGCUCAGACGAGGAAUAUCGAAGCUUCAGCAACUUGUGGAGAAGAUGUCGCCGGACCGGAAUUGUUUUGCAGACUGACUGGAGCAACAAGUGACCAUUUACGAAAUGAUGAAAAAGAUCGGGAAUUGAUUCGAGGACAGCUCUGUGAUCACUGUAAUACAGAGAUUUUGCAAACAGAAGCGGUAACUAAUAAAAAUUCAUACAAGCAAGACAAUUCAGUCAAUCAAAAAUCUUGUCCAAAGAAUGGCAAAAUCAGGCAUAAAAGUUGCAUAGUAGUGGACUUCUUCAAAGAAUUUCACGUAGCCUAUGUUUUCAUCAAGAUGGCCAACUCACCUAGACCUGGUGUAUGGGCUUUACUAAGAUCUACAGAUUUUGGUGAUUCGUGGAAACCAUGGCAAUAUUUUGCUGAUACGCCCAGUGAUUGUAUGGAAUUCUUUAAAACUCCAGCAGACCAGAGAAUUCAGUACGAUGAUCAGGUUCUCUGUACCACUGAAUUCUCCAAAGUUGUACCUUUAGAAAACGGCGAGAUUGUUAUCUCUUUGGUAAAUGAGAGACCCAAUGCCAAGAAUUUCUCUUACGCCUACAACUUACAGAAUUGGACCAAGGCCACCAAUAUUCGACUACAGUUUAUUAGAACUAAAACUUUAUUAGGUCAUUUGAUUGGUGUGGCUAGAGAAGAUCCUACAGUCACCAGAAGGUAUUACUAUAGUAUUAAAGAUAUAUCUAUUGGUGGAAGAUGUGUUUGUAAUGGUCAUGCUGAAACUUGUGAUACCCCAGAUGUGGAUGAUGAAACUAAAUUAUUGUGUACAUGUCAACAUAAUACUUGUGGUGAUCAAUGUGACACGUGUUGUCCAGGAUUCUUACAGAAAGCCUGGCGCAGAGCUUUGGUUGAUCAACCUUUUACUUGUGAACCGUGUGAAUGUUAUGGACAUACUACAGAGUGUAUUUAUAAUGAAACAGUAGCUAAUGAAGGGAAAAGUAUUGAUAUCCAUGGUAAUUAUGAUGGUGGUGGUGUUUGUCAAAAUUGUCAGCAUAAUACAAUGGGUAUUAAUUGUGAGAAAUGUGUUCCAACAUUUUACAGACCGUAUGGUGUUCCUAGAAAUGCUACUGAUGCUUGCCGAAGAUGUCAGUGUGAUUUAAGAAUAUCUACUGGAGAAUGUGAAGAAGGUAGUGGAAGAUGUUUAUGUAGAAUAGAAUUCGCUGGUGAAAACUGUGACAGAUGUAAUGUGGGAUAUUAUGACUAUCCUAACUGUAAACCAUGUGACUGUAAUAUUAAUGGUACUGAUGGAGAUGUCUGUACUGUAGCUGUAGGUGGACAGUGUCCAUGUUUACCAAACUAUGUUGGUAGAAAAUGUGAUAUGUGUGCCUUUGGUUCCUGGGAUUUCCCUGAAUGCAGACCCUGUGAAUGUAAUCCUAUUGGUACUCCUAGUACUACCUGUAAUGUAGAAGAUGGACAAUGUCAAUGUUCAAGUAAUUUUGGUGGACGUGUCUGUGAUCGAUGUGCUGAUGGAUUCUUUGGACAUCCUUCUUGUGAAUAUUGUGAUUGUGAUACAUAUGGUACAGAACCUGGUGUUUGUGAUAAGGUUAAUGGUAAUUGUUUAUGUAAAGCCAAUUACUCUGGAGAAAGAUGUGAUAGAUGUACUUCUGGUUACUAUGGUUUCCCUAAUUGUCAAGCUUGUCAAUGUGCUGAACCUGGAUCAAGAAGUCCAAUCUGUCAGGUUAAUGGACAAUGUUCUUGUGAUCGUAAUUAUGGUGGAUUAAAUUGUGAUCGUUGUGCUCCUGGUUACUACAGAUAUCCUGAUUGUAUUCCUUGUAAUUGUGAUAGGUUCGGUUCACUGGGUCUAUCAUGUAAUCAAACUACAGGCCAGUGUAAAUGUAGACAGAAUUUUAUGGGAACAGCUUGUGAUAAGUGUGUAGAGGGAUUCUACAAUUAUCCUAUGUGUGAAGAAUGUAAUUGUAAUCCUGCUGGAGCUAAACAAAUCCCAGGUUAUCCACUAGGAGGUUGUGGAGAGGUCAUUAAAGGUCAACUAUGUGAAUGUAAGGAGCGAGUUCAGGGUAGAAUUUGUGAUGAAUGUAAACAAGGAUACUACAGUCUGAACAGAAAUAAUCCUCUAGGUUGUGAAGAAUGUCAAUGCCACCUGCCAGGAACUGUGUCUGGUGAUAAUAUUUGCGAUGUUAAAACUGGACAAUGUGUCUGUAAACCAGAUGUCAGUGGACAGAAUUGUCAGGAAUGUAGAGAUGGUACUUUCAAUCUCCAGGAAAAUAAUCCAUUUGGUUGUGUUGAUUGUAAGUGUGAUCCAGGAGGCUCAUCCAGUUUAAUCUGUAAUAAACUAACAGGAAGAUGUAUUUGUAAACCUCGUGUCACUGGAGAAAAAUGUGAUCAACCAAUCCAGACCCAUUUUUACCCAGACUUGCAUCAGUAUAAGUAUGAGAUAGAAGAUGGUGUAACUCCAGAAGGUCAAACGAUUAGAUAUGGUUAUGAUGAGAGAAUAUUCCCCAGCUAUUCCUGGAGAGGUUAUGGAAUUCUUACCAGUAUUCAGCCUGAAGUAUUAUUAGAUGUAGAAAUAACUAAACCUAGUUUAUAUAGAAUGUUAUAUCGGUUUGUUAAUCGUAAUGAUCAAACAGUCACAGCUACCGUAACACUGAAACCAGAAUCCCCUCAACAGAUAACUCAGUCUAGUCAAGUCUUAUUUAAACCAACAGAAACGCCUGACUUUGUUAAUGUUGGUAAUGGUGGUGCUCAAUCUACAUUUGUAUUAAAUCCUGGCCGAUGGUCUAUAUCUACUACCUCUCCUGAUAUACUAUUCUUGGAUUAUUUUGUUCUGAUACCACAGUCGUAUUAUGAAGCUACUGUUAUUCAAGAUAAAGUCAUCAGACCAUGUGCUAUACCUGCUAAUGGAGAAGCGUGUUUGCACUAUAGCUAUCCUGAUUUAGAAGGUUAUCCUACUAUCCAUGGUGAUCAAGGCUACAAUGUUGUCGAUCAACAACGCAAGAGUAUUGAGGGUUAUCCAGAUCAACAAGUCUUAGAUGAACUUGGUGUUUCAAACUUGGGACAUCUAAAUCCAAAUCAGACUUUUUUCUUCCUGGACUUAAAUGUGCCAUUCCCUGGGGAUUAUGUUUUGGUAUUGAAUUAUUAUAAUCCUGAAGAUAGAAGACAAGAUUUAGAUGUUGAUAUUGCGUCUGCUGAUGGUCGUGCAAAAGCUAUGGUUAAUCUUUAUAAGUGUCAAUACAGUACCGUGUGUCGACAAGUAUUUAAAGAUGUAGAUGGUAUGAUUGGUAUAUUUAAUAUCACCUCUGGUUAUGCCUCUAUAACUUUACGUGGACCACCAAAUAUCAAUAUUGGUAUUGAAUCUGUAACUGCAAUACCCUUUGAAGAUUGGAACCCUGGUUUUAUUCAACCAAGAAUUAUCUGUAUUAGAGUCAAUGGAGUUUGUGUGCCUUCAACCUACACCAAUCCAGGAGGUGCUAUAAGAAUAGAUUUUGAACAAGCUCCUAAUGAAGAUCGACUAGCGACUGACUAUCCUACUGGUAUAAUAGAUCCCAAUAUUGGACUGGUUAAACUUAAUAUGUCUGAGCCCAGUAUAGAAAUAGAAGGUGAAGUUGGUACAAGACGACAAUUUGUAUUUUUAAUACAGUAUUAUCAGCCUAAUAAAGUUGGUAUGACUGUACCUAUUACAGUUUAUGUUAAUAAUCAACCAAUGCACGGUAAAUUUAAUGCUAAAUAUUGUCCGAGUGUUACUGGUUGUCGUGGUACUGUUAUAUUUGAUGAAACAUCCAGUGAAAUCUUAACGUUAAAAGAUAAAAAUGUCAGAUUAUUGGUCAAUAAUACAGAAGAUGGAGAUCUGUGGCUGGACUAUGUGUUAUUUGUACCAGCUAGUAAUUAUAAAUUAACAGAUUUAGAUCUUCAGCCUAUUGAUAAAUCAGCCAACUUUCUACAAGCUUGUGUUAAUGAAGGUUUUGAAUUAAACUUAGACAAUGCUGAAUGUCGGGAUGGAGCAUUUACCCUUACAACUGAGUUUAACAAUGGUGCCUUGGCUUGUGAUUGUAAUAUUGAUGGAUCAUUAAGUUUUAAUUGUGAUUCAUUCGGUGGGCAGUGUGAAUGUCGUCCUAAUGUAAUUGGUAGAAAGUGUCGAGCUUGUCAACCUGGUUAUUAUGGCUUCCCCAGGUGUAAACCCUGUAACUGUCCAUUCGGCCUGUGUCAUCCUGUUAGUGGAGAAUGUACAUGUCCACCGCGAGUAACUGGUGAAAGAUGUGAUACAUGUAAACCUGAAACAUAUGGUUAUGAUGCCUUAAUUGGCUGUCAGGAAUGUGGUUGUAAUCAACAAGGUGUUGUUAAUGAAGAUUUAAACUGUGAUGAUAAUACUGGACAAUGUCAAUGUUCACCCAAUAUUGGAGGGCGUAAAUGUGAUACAUGUCACAAUGGAUACUAUCGUUUCCCAAUAUGCCGUGAAUGUGAUUGUGAUAGAAGUGGUACUAAAUCUGAUAUUUGUGAUCAGAGAACAUCACAAUGUUUCUGUAAGGACAAUGUUGCUGGUGACAGAUGUGAUGUUUGUGCUGAUGAUACAUACUUUCUAGAUGUAAACAAUCCUGUGGGUUGUACAAAAUGUUUCUGUUUUGGUACAACAACUCGAUGUGAUAGCUCUGGUUUAUUUUGGGAAGAGAUAAAUGAUAUGAAAGGUUGGGGUAUAUCUAAUACUGUAGGUACACAAGUGAGAGAAGCUGGUCAAACUAUAGCUCUAGUUGACAUCAGUGAUAAGAUAGUAGAUUCUGCUGAUGCUAUGUACUGGAUUGCUCCUUCUACAUAUCUUGGUAAUAGGUUGACAUCUUAUGGUGGAAAGUUGAAGUACAAUAUAUUAUUUACUUUACCCAGAGAUAACCCUGAACAAUCAUUAGGUUUAAUAAAACCAGAUAUUAUUCUUGUGGGUAACAAUAUGACUAUUGUUCAUAACAGUGAAUCACAACCAACAGCUAAUAUACAAACUGAUAUGGAACUUGCUCUCAUUGAGCAUAGCUUUAGACAUGAGAUUGGUGGUGAUAUGGUCACAAGGGAACAGUUUAUGAUGAUACUAGUUAAUUUACAAGCAUUACAUAUCAGAGCUUCAUAUUAUACUAUUAUUGAUGAAGGAAGAUUAACUGAUGUCAUGUUACAAGUAGCCAGUUCUAUAGGACAAGGUGAUAGAGCUUCUAAUGUAGAACAGUGUCAAUGUCCACCAAAUUACCAGGGUACAUCUUGUGAAGAUUGUGCUCCAGGUCACUACAGAUCAUUAAAUUCACCUUAUCUUGGUAUCUGUGUACCCUGUAAUUGUAAUGGUCAUGCUGAAUCUUGUGAUCAAGUUACUGGAGAAUGUUUGAAUUGUCAAGACAAUACAUACGGAACUCAUUGUGAGUUUUGUUUGGAAGGUCACUAUGGUAACCCAGCUACAGGACGUUGUACUAUUUGUUCCUGCCCAUUACCAAUAGAAUCCAACAAUUUUGCCACAUCUUGUUACAUAUCUGAUGAAACUGGAUUCACCUCCAAUUGUCAAUGUAGAGAAGGUUACUAUGGUGAUAAUUGUGAAAGAUGUGCUCCAGGAUAUUUUGGAGAUCCACGAACAGAAGGUGGAUACUGUCGACCAUGUGAUUGUAGUGGUAAUUUAGAUAUGUCAGAUUGGGGUGCGUGUGAUCAAACAACUGGACAAUGUUUAAAUUGUCAGAAUAAUACUGGUGGUGCUCAAUGUGAAAUCUGUCGAGAAUGGUAUUAUGGUGAUGCUAUUAACAGCAAGGAUUGUGAUCGUUGUAGUUGUGACUAUUGUGGUUCUGAAAAAUGUAAUGAUCAAAAUGGAGUAUGUGAAUGUAAACCUAAUGUGGUUGGUUUGAAUUGUGAUAAAUGUGCUCCAUAUUCGUAUGGAUUUGAAGAGUGUACUGGUUGUAGACAAUGUGAAUGUGGACAAGCUUCAGAAUCACCACAAUGUGAUGUAUUAACUGGACAAUGUACAUGUAGAGAUCAUGUUCUUGGUAGAAAAUGUGACCAAUGUCAAAAUGGCUACUGGAAUUAUGGAUCUACUGGAUGUGAACGAUGUCCAUGUAUGGAAGCAGGUUCAGCUUUAUCAUGUGAUGCUGUAUCAGGGCGUUGUGAAUGUCUAUCUGGUGUAACAGGUGAUCUAUGUGAUAGAUGUCUAGAUAGAUGGGUUUUAAUACCAGGUGUUGGAUGUCAAGAGUGUGAUAACUGUGUACAUAUCCUGAUUGAUGAUUUGGAUCAUUUUGAUCGUAAUGUAUCUGUUGUUAGACGUCAACUUGCGUCAGUAUCUGUUGGUGUAGGAGCUUUCAUGAAGAUUAGUCAGAUUAAUGAUACUGUUUCACUUCUCAAGGUAAAUCUUAUGUUAAUUUUAAUUCAAUCUAUUUCCAAUGCUGAAGCUGUAGAUGAAGAUACCAGAUUACUUCGUGAGGAAGCUUUUAAUCAGAUACAACAUGCUCAAGAAGCUUCAAUUGCUGCUGAAGGUAUGCUUAAAGAGAUUGUAAAGAGGUUUUCUAAAUGUUUUAUGUGUAUCAGGAGCACUGUUAGCAUCAAUUUGUGCCAUUCCAAUUUGUCAGAAGUUAUAGAUGAAAUAUUAAGACGUAUGUUGGGUCGUAUCCAAGUAUCGUAUGUUGAUAGUUAUAUAACUGAUGCUGAAGAUACACUUACCAGAAUUGAAGCCAGAGAAUUUGAGGCCCAAAAUCAAACAUGUGUGGCUGAAAAUUCUGAAUCGGAAAGAGCAGAAGAGAUUGAGAUGUCAGUAAUGAAACAGUUUGGUAGAAUAAUGAAUGUUAGUUCAGACUUAGCUGAUGUGAAAACACGACUGUAUGAUCUUCAGAAUAGUAGUCAAUUCUCACAGACCGGUUCCAGACAAACCAUAGACAUAUUACGAGAAUUGAGAGAUAUUAAUCUGGAUGGAUUAGAGAAUGGUAUAGAGGGUAUUCUGACAGGAAAAGACAACUCAAUCAACCUACUAGAUAUGGCAAGAGAUUUAUUAGAUAAGUCUAGGAAAGAGAUGGAUGAUUCUCAAGAAGUUUUCUUGACAAUUGAUAGAGAAUCUUCUCGACUGAAAUCAGCUGUAACAGCUUUAGAAGUGUUUGUUGAUAAUUUAGACCGUGGAUUAGAUGGUAUGGAAUCACUCAUUGGUAAUGCUACCCAACAUGCAAAUGAACUGGCUGAGCAAUCUGAACAGUUAGACAGUAUGUACACCAAUACUCGUGAUACAGCAGCUGAAUCUGUUAAUGCAGCUGAAGCUUAUACUGAUAUAGUUGAUGCUAUUAAUGAUGCUGAAAAUGCUUCCAUGGUGGCUUUGGAAUCUGCUAAAGCUGCUUUAGAGAAGUCUGGUGGUGUAGGUGAUACAACUGCUAAAUCUCGUGAGAGAAGUGAGACUUUGUUGUCAUCUGCUGAUGAUGCCUACUCUCAAACCCAAAGUGAAUUGUCUGACCGUUUGGCUGUAGCUAGUGAACAGACAGAUGAAUUAAUGGAACUUAAUGAUAAAACUUCUGCUGAUUUAAAUGAAGUUCAUGAAAUUAUGGAUGAUCUACCAGAUCAAGAAAAUGAGAGAUCCAGAUCAGCUAUAGUCAUUGCCGAAGACUCACUGUCCAAAGCUAUGGAAGCUGAGAAUAAAAUCAGUAGUAUUGUUGAUCAACUUCCUGAAGAUGAACGUAAAGCUAAACAAAUUCCUAAUGAUGCCUUCACUCGUGAUAGAGAUAUCAGAAAAACACAGAAUCAAUUGAACACUAUUCGUAGUUUAACGCCCGACAUUAAGAACCUAGUCGGAUCAUUAGGACAACGCUCAGCAGGAUUAGCAGAAAUUGGUAAAAGUGUUUUAGCUAAUGUCACUCAACUGAAAGAAAGAAUUGCUUUAGCUAGAGAUGAGGCUAACAGGAUUCGAGUCGGUCUUCAGUACCUUGCCAAUACAACUCUUACAUUACGUAAUCCACCCAAUAUAGAACAAGCUGGUUCUCAUAGUAAAGUGUCAUUCUAUUUCCGUACCAAGAAUCUCAAUGGUUUCUUACUAUAUCUUGGAGGUGAUCAGAAAUCAGGUCGACCAGAACCAGAUGACUAUAUAGCUUUAGAGUUAUUAAAUGGACAAGUUGUAUUUAAAUAUAAUCUUGGAUCAGGAGCUGCUAGAAUUGUCAGUCCACAGAGAGUAGAUGAUGGUAUGUGGCACCAAGUUGUAGCUGAAAGAAUUGGUAAAACUGGUUAUCUAACUAUAAGAACUGAUAAACAAGAUGAUACUAAAGUGAGUGGUACAUCACAAGGAACCUAUACAGUAUUAGAGUUAAAUCCCCUGACAACAGUCAUGUAUGUAGGCGGUGCUCCUGAUGAUGCUAUGCUGCCAGAGAAUCUGUUACGUACACCUUAUGAUGGUGUCAUUGAAGAGCUAGUUUUUGAUGAACAACCCAUUGGAUUAUGGAACUUUAAAGAUGGUGAAAAUAAUUAUAUGGGAGCCAACGAAAGAGAUGUAUUCAAGGCUAUUACAUCUAAUGGAUUACGAUUUAAUGGUAGAGGUUAUGUUAUAUUGAGUCGUAAGGAAUUAAGAUUUGUACCAGCUAAAUCUGUAGACGUAUUGAUGAAGUUUAAGACAUAUGCUGAGAAUGGACUAUUGGUGUAUAUGACUGAUAAUAAACGUGACUUCCUGUCUGUUGAGAUCCGAGAUGGUCAGGUGUAUUUCCAGUAUGAUUUGGGUUAUGGUCGUGCUACCCUAGUAUCAGGUGAACGAUACAAUGAUGGUAGCUGGCAUAGUAUACAGGCUAGUCGGGUAGAAAAAGAUGGUUUACUAUUAGUUGACGGCACAGAAGUUGCUAAAGGUCAAUCUAAAGGAACUCUGAAAGAAUUAUCUAUUAUUGAUGAUAUAUUUAUUGGUGGGUAUAAUCAACCAACUUUAAAUACCAAAGAUGUAAUGACUGAUGGAUUUGAAGGCUGUAUUAAAGAUCUACAGUUUGGAUCAUCUUUAUGGGAUCUCAAUAAUAACAGAGCUGCUAAAGGUGUUGUUAUAGGUUGUCCAGAACAGGUAGCUAGAGUGGUAUCAUUCAGUGCUUUAAAACCAGGAUUUGUUGCUGUCUCAGCAGAAAGUAUAGGAGAGAAAUUUGAUCUUACAUUUAAAAUGAAAACUUUCCAGAAUGAUAGUUUGGUAUUAUUUGCUUCUGGUGCAUCAAACAGUAUAUUCUCUGUGAGUAUAUCAGAAGGCAAGUUAGUUGUUAUUAGUGAUCCUGGUAAUCAGAGAACUCAGUUAGAAAGUAAAUAUAAUAAGUAUGGUGAUGGUAACUGGCAUUAUAUAUCUAUUAUGAAAGAUGGCCUCAAAUUGACUAUCAAUAUAGAUGAUUAUGAAACAGUAGAGACAGUAGCUGAUGGACGUAUAUCAAAUCUAUUGACCACAUCACCUCUGUAUUUUGGUGAUAUACCAUCAGAUUAUGAUACUAGAGACCUUGAUUUACCAUCAACUACUAGAACAGUGGGCUGUAUUGGUGAUGUUACUGUUAACAUGCAAUCUGUGAAUUUUGCCAGUAUAAAAGAGAGUGACAGACGUGGAGUUAACUUAGCUGGUUGUCCUGCAUCAUUUGAUGGUGGUAGAGUUCCAGUAACAGCUGGUCCAGAUACUAAAACCGAUUGGAUAACAAAGUUAUAUUUUCUGCAAGCUUCAACAAACCAAAGGUCACUGAGUUGUUCACAUAAUGAAAAAACAACACAACCACCUCUACAAUGUGCUCUACCAGUAAUACCUGAUGAGAAUCUCUCCACUGAUGUUAGUGGUACUAGGUUUGGAGCUAAGAAUGAUAGCCGUGUAGAAUUUGAAAAAUUGCCAGCUAGAUUCAGGAUCAAAUCUGAAUUUUCUCUGGAAUUUAAGACAGAAGCUGAUAAUGGGUUACUGUUUUAUGCAUCUGAUCCUAAACACGUAGAUUUCCUCAGUUUAUCUAUGAUUCAAGGACAAGUUGUAUAUGGUUUUAAUUGUGGUUCAGGAGCAGCUGAUAUUCGAAGUCCUCAAAAAUAUAAUGAUGGAAAAUGGCAUAUGGCAACGUUUGCCAGAGCUCAACGUACUGGUAGAUUAUUUAUUGAUGGUACAGAAGUUGGUCAGGGUAAAUCUACAGGCGGUACAAGAUCUAUAAAUGUUAAACCACCUUACUAUGUGGGUGGUAUACCUCAUAUUAAAGAAAUGAAAAAAGCAGUACGAAAUCUAAAAGUAAGUAAUGUAUUCUUUGCUGUUUCAAGUUUUGUCGGUUGUAUCAGAAAUCCAACAUUGAAUAACAAAGAUUUUGGAACACCAAGCCAAGAAUAUCAGACAUCACCAUGUUCUGAUGCCAUGGAAUCCGGCACCUUUUUCCCUGCUGAUGCCUACAUGCUGCUUUUUGACAACUUUAAGGUUGGUUUAGAUAAAGAAAUUUAUUUGGAGAUCAAACCACGAGUGACAUCAGGUGUUAUAUUGGCUGUUCACAGCAAGGGUGGCGAUUUCUUUGCUAUUCAGCUGGUUAAUGGGAAGUUGAUAUUUAAUACUGAUAACGGAGCUGGAAUGAUACAGACUGAAUAUACUCCAACUGCACAGAAUGCAUUAUGUGAUGGUAACUGGCAUACAAUUAAAGCAACAAAAGCUAAGAACGUUGCUUCAUUAGAAGUUGAUGGUGUACAAAUGAAACAAGGUAUUGGUAAAGCAGGAUCAUCAGAAGCUAAUACUAAUGAUCCAAUAUAUGUUGGUGGAGUACCAACAGAUGGAAUACGUAAAGGAUUGUUUACAGAAGAGAAUUAUGUUGGAUGUAUCAGAAAUAUGUGGAUUGAUGGAAAGGUUGAGUUUAUUGGAAAUGGUAAACCAAUGGGCGAUGUUCAAAUACUUUCUUGUCCUCGAUCUUAA